GUUAGGAACAAACAUGAAUAAUUACCACAUUUAUGAUGAGAUUGGUCAUGGGAAGUACUCCACUGUUUACAAGGGGAAGAAAAAGAAGAGCAUCCAAUAUGUGGCAGUGAAGUCAGUUGAAAAGAACAGGAGGAAAAAGGUGAUCAACGAGCACAGAAUUCUCAAGCCUUUGGAUCACCCCAAUAUUCUCAAGUUCUAUAAUUAUUAUGAAACUAGAAACCAUCUCUGGCUGAUUUUUGAUUUUUGCCCAGGAGGAGAUAUUUACAAAAUGCUUAAUGAAGAUAAGAAGUUUCCUGAAAAGACGACUAAGCACUUUGGUGUUGAAAUUCUGAAGGGAUUGCACUACCUCCAUGCAAAUGGUAUUAUCUAUGGCGACUUGAAGCCAUCAACAAUUUUGUUCAAUGAGUAUAACGAACUUAAAUUAGCUGAUUUUGGAAGAGCAAGGAAGAUCACUGACUAUAUAAACCCUGGUCAAGAAACAUACGCUAAGGCAAAGACAGGGUCUCCAUACUACAUGGCACCAGAGUUAUUCCAAGAUGAAGGUGUAUACAGCUUCUGAUCUGACAUAUGGUCCUUUGGUUGUCUCUUAUUUGAAUUUCUUACAGGAAAGCCACCUUUCAAUUCAAAUUCCUUGAAUAACCUGAUAAAACUGAUCACUGAAGACCCGACCCCUGUCCAUCUGCUCAGGUGUUCUCAAGAAUUAAAAGAUAUGAUUUCCUUGAUGCUUGAGAAAGACCCUGCUGAUAGAAUCACUUGGGAAGAACUUAUCGAAAGCCCAUAUUGGGAGGAAGAAGAGCUUAAAGUCCUUGAUGCAGAGAAACUUCCUGAUGAGCCUCAGUUUGAUGCAUAUCUUAAGAGAGUAGGCAAAGUAAGAAGAGUAGCUCCAUCAAAAAUACAGCAAAUAAUACUUGAGAAAGAGAGUGACCUCUUCUUAAAAGAGAAGGCGAAUAAUUUGGCAAAGCAUCUCUUAGGUAGCCAUAUCCCGAGUAAUGUGAAUGUCCUCAGACUCUCGUAUAAUGUCAAGAGGAACAUGGAGAAUACAUCACAUGAAGAGAUAGAAGUUCAGGGUGAUGACCUCCAGAUCAACAACCAAAACAUCGAACUAGAUUUCGCUGAAGAGAAUGAAGAAGAUGAAUCUAUGCCAGCAGAUGAGUAUAUCAACCCAUCUCCUUCAGAGAAGCAUCUGUCUGAUCUCCAGACAAAGCACUCUUCUUCGAGUCACGGAUUCUCUUCUGGAACAAAAGUCCCAGGCUCCUUUAGCAAUACUGGAGGAAAAGAGAAAAGGCUGUUUGAGAAAAUAGACCCAAAUAAAGUUGAAGUCAGAGAAAUAGAGACAGAUGAGUUCUGUGACGAUAUCGACCAAAAAUUCAAAAAUAUGAUGAAGGUUGAAAAGAGAGACUUUAAAAAUAUCUCAACAAUGGGGCAACCAAAGAGUAAGAGGAUGGUGUCAGCUCAUUCAGAACAAAAUAAAGAGAGGAUUGACCAAAAGUACUUUAAGACUGAGAUCGAAAAUAUUGAUGAAAAGCCAUACACAAAAAUUGCCUUGACAAAGGGAAGAUCUUUUCAACCAGAGAAGAAAUCAGAUAACUUAUCAAACAACUACAUUCAUCUACCAGAGAAGAAGUAUCAGCCUUUCAUGAAUGGAUCAUCAAGUAAAUCUAGUUUAAACAAAUUCAAAUCUGCUAGAGAGCCUGCCUUGAUGAACAAAGAAUUCAGUAAGAAUGGAAUUCAAUUUUAUCCUGAAUCCAAUAACUUCAUUUCGUCGCCUUCAGAUAAGAGUACUCCAACAAUGAUGAGGAAGCUUUCUAGUGGUAAAUCCAAUUCAGCAACUAAGAAAAUGUGUCCAAAAUCGAUUGAUGAACUGAUGAUUCAUCAUUCUGAUACAGCUGUUAAACCAAUCAUUGGAAAUAAGGAUAUUGAGAAAAUUCAAGAGCCUGUCUACAAGCCAGACUACCUUACGUUUAUCCCUUUGAAGCCUGAAGAGUUUGAGAAGAAGAUUGACAGCAGAGAGAUACAGAACUAUAUGUCUGAGAUAUAUGAUGCGAUCGUCUCAAACACAAAUCUAACUGAAAGAGUGCAUGCCCUGUCUUACUUCGAAAGCUUGAUUAUUAGUAGCAAUGUGGCUAACACCUUGAUAAACUCAGCAUUCCUGGGAUUAUUUGUCCAUAUCAUGAGCAAGUCAACCAAAUCUCAUAUGAUCAAGAUUAGAAUUUGCUCAAUUAUUGGGCUACUUAUCAGGCAUGCAACGGUCAUAGAAAAUGAAGUCGCAGAGAGUGGAAUUUGAAACAUUCUAUGCAGAACUCUUCAGGAUUCUAAAGAGAAUGUAAGAAGAAAAGCCAUCGCAGCACUUGGAGAGUACUUAUUCUAUGCAGCAACUCAGCUAGAUGACGAUCAAGCAUCCAAGGUCUGGGUGAUCUCGGAUCAAGCAAUAGAAACCCUUCUUAACUGAAUGGAAGAGUACCAAGAUGAGGUCGUUAGAUUUUAUGCAUGCAAAGCUAUUGAAAAUAUUACAGCUCAAAGUGACUCUGCAGGGCUUGGUCUUGCCACAUCAAAUACUUGAAAAUCACUGAUAGAUGCCUUCUUGAGCCAAGCAAAAGAGAGUUUUAUUAAUACUGCUGCUGUAGCACUUUCUAAUGUUGUGAAGUUAAAUCCAAAGCUAUUUUCAAUAGUGCUUGACUUUAUUCCUCUUGACGAGAUCUGAAAUAUUCUCAAUGACAGUCAUACUAGAGUGCAACAAGCUUUCAUCACAAUGCUCAACAUUGCUUUGCUCAAUAAGAACGAGAGCUUACUCAGUUGUGUCAAUGAAUCUGGAGACUGUUUGUGCCAAAUUAUUGUAAGUCUGUUAGAAAGCCAAAGUUUGGUAAUCAGAGGAAAAUCUCUACUAGCAGUAGUUCUCUUGCUAAAAAUUUUUCCUCUCCAGUGGUUCACAUUGUUUAUAAACGAUAAGAAAUUCAUCACUUUGCUAGGCAGACUUGUUAAAGAUAGCUACAAAUAUGUUCAAUAUGGGCUGAUGCAUUUCAUUGACCAAAUGAAUGUUACCAUCCCGAUCAUUCUCAAUUUCAUAGAGGAAGAUCUAACAUAUGCUAUAAAUAUUGGAGAUACAAAGGAACUCGACGUUGACAGCAUAGUCGAAUCUGUAAUGGAGAGAAGAAAUGAUUUCAAAAAUGUCAGAGGACACAUGACUUUGAUAUCGUUACUUCUGAACGUUACUAAUAACCAACUGAUGAAAGCAAGAAUAGUCUCAGAAGAGUUCCUAGAAUCAAUAGCUAGGCUUCUAAAUUCCUGAGAGCUAACUUUAUUCAAAGGCGCAGAUGAGAUGAUCAAUGCAAUCAUAGCAAUUAUGGAAGCUAUCUCAGUUAACCAAAAGACUCUGACAAAUAAUAGCAUCUCUAUCGUACAACACAUACUUCCUGCUUUGAUGGAGAAAAUCAGAUCUGAAAACAGUGAAGUCAAGUUCAUGUCACUUAAAGUAUUCAAUGACAUUAUUGUUCAGUAUCUCUAUGAUGAAAAUGUGUUUGAUGUCUCAAAGCUUGAAGUGCCAAUUGAAGAAGGAAGCUUUGCAUCAGAAUCAGAUAAGAUAGCUCAGUUUACUACAGAAAUAAUAAAUGAUAUAUUGAUUUUGAAUUUCUUACCUAUUUUCAAGUAUCUACUCAACGAAGAAGACCCGAUUCCCAUAUUUGCGAUCAAAUUGCUAUCAGCUCUAACAGAAAGAAGCCAGCACUUCAUUAAUGCUAUCAAUAAGCUUGGAAUUUCAGCACAAAUCACAGAAUACUGUUCUUACGGACAUAAGAGAAUAAAUCCACAUACAAUGCAGGUGAUUAAGAAGGUCAUUGACCCUGAAUCUAAGAUUGAUCCAUCCUUUGGAGGAGUUUAUCAAAACCAAUAA